GCUCAACCUCGCAGUUUCGAGCCAAGUUUUCUGCGAUGCGCACGAUCGAACAUUUUUGACACUAUUUUAUUUACGAACUUAGUUUUAAGGUUAUUUAUUACGAAUGUAUUUUUUACGUGUGCCUAGUGUAUCGUUUAAGUGUUUAAUAUUAGUUAUCACAGACGUGUGAGUGUCAAGUGUCUUAACGACCAGUUAUGGCAACAUACGAUAUUGCUAGUAUGGAAGCCACGACCUCUGCCACAGUCUCGGACAACGACUACUACCCCCACACGACUACGACCCUUCCCACGUCCGACGAUAGUGCGCAGUAUCGUUUAUCUGACGAGUCUGUUAUGACGACCACGGUGAGCCAAGGAGCGGAGGCAGAGAAGACAAAUAUAAUGGAAAAUAAGGAGAACCAAGGCAACGACAACCGUUUUUCACGCGCGGAAGGCCAGAAGAGGCCAGGGUCCUUCAUGAAGAUGCCCACGCUGAAGAGGGAGAAGUCCUACUCUGAGACACUCGAGAGGAAAAAGAAGAAAGUAAAGUUCUCCCCCAGUGAGGGCGACGACAGCAUCAUAGUGGACACUCGCGUAUUUGAGCCUCAGGUUGUCAACACAAGCCAGGAAGACGACGCAGAGAAAGACGACAAUGUUGUCUCCUCGACAAUCAAGAAACUCCUGAGAAAGAGUUCCAAGAAGAGAAAGGCGAAUAUUGAAACGCAAACAGACGAGAGGGACGAUGUAGAGAGGGCAAAGGAAAGCGAGCACGCUCAUAAUAUGAGAAACACUGGUGAAGCAGGAUCAAUAGAAAGAGUAUCAGUGGACAGAGACGUAGAUCCAAUACCACAGUCAUUCUCUGACAGCCAGAACCAGCGUGAAGAUGAGGAAAUACACACUAUUGAUGACAGCGACCACCCAGAUAGCGUUAGCUCACCAGACAGUACUACACCGGAGUCUCCAACUGCAAUGACCUCCUAUGAGUCCUCCAGCGAGACGCAGCCUUCCUCCAGGUUAUUCAGAGGUGACACAGGUGAGGAUGCCAGCCGUGACGUCAACGCUGAGGCAGGAGUGCCAACAGUGCCGUGCCCUGAAACGAAUGAAAGUGAAGACUUGACAUACUGGGAUGUUAAUGACCACUGUCUAUAUACCUCAGAGAAACAUUUAGACACAGCAGUACCUGAAACUAACAACGAACACGAUUACAGUUUGGAUAAAAACAAACCCUUAGAUUAUUAUAGAAAACUGCCGCAUUUAAGAUAUGAAUAUGAUUCGGUAGUUCCUCGCCAGGUGGCUCCCUUAUCGGAAGAGCAAGAGUUAGAAAUCAGCGAGUUCAGUAAAGCCGACGACUCUUGGGAUAAUCCGCAAUUGUCGUGUGAGAAACAGCUGAAACCAUUAGACGACUCUAGUCCCACUUCUCAGGUGACGAUCAAGCGCGAAGGCACCUUCACCCUGGACGGUCCUCCUCCAGCCAAGAUCACGAAGCCAUCCUGCGAUGUUGUCAGUAAUGUAGCACCCUGCGCCAGGCUGCCCCCAAGGGACAGUGUUAUGGAACCCCUCCAAUUCUUUGUUGAUUUAACGACGCCGGAACGUUCUCCAAAGGUCGCUCGACGUUCGGAAAGUAAAACGGGUGAUGAUGCUAAUUUACGUGCAGCUAAGCCUUCUCCUAAGGCGAUAAAACAAUCUAAAGAGACUGAAGGCAAUAAAAAAUCUCUACAUCAAACUUCUUCCAUAACUACUUUCAAGAAUAAUGCAAAAAGAACGUUCGUUAAUGCAUGGAGAACAGCCACCAAAACACAGGAAACUCCACACAAAUCCUUGAAGCACACAGCGAAGGCUCCUCAAGAGGCCUCGAUACCCAGGCCCUCCCCGACCAGACUGCAGAAAGAGAACAUAAUCAAGACUAACAACGCUAGGAAGCAGACAAAUGCCAAGACCCCGAAGUCCGUCACUGGUGAGACUGGCGCCAAGUCCGUCACCUGUGAGAAGCAGUCGACGCCAAAGGAGCUUCAAAGACGCAGCCGGGAACCGAAGAAAUUUCUCCCGCGCCAGGACACGGGAAGCUUACCCACAGAGAGGAGCCCAUUGUGGGGAGGGGUGUCCCUACCCAACUUCAAGAGAGAGGGAACAUUCACAAAGAAGUACGAUGCGGAAAAGGACCGCCUGCAGGCAGAGUGUAAUAGACUAAACGUCGAAAAGGAAAGGCUUCAGAGCGAACUGUGUGAGGUUCGCGUGAGACUGGAGGAGGAGACAGUGGCCAGGAAGGCCCUCAGACGCACACACGAUCUCAAUCUCAGACACUUGAGGGAAGGCGAACUCCGGAGGACUGAGCUACAAAUUACAGAUUUGAAGAACAGACUUGAGGAUGAGAAGCGUGAAGCUCUGGCACAGCAGAAGGAGUCGCUGACGAGGACUCACGAAGCUGAACUGCUGAGGGCAGACCGAGAGAGGGACGAGGACCACCGCAGACUGCUGCAGGAGGCCAGACUCACCCAGCACAAGCUGAAGGCAGAGAUACGACGGCAGGUCUCAAGGUCGGAACAACUACCUGUACAAUGUUGUCACAGUACAGAGCGCGACCUGGACAGGUUAAACAGAGAUUUGUCAACGCUGCGCGAGCACAAGAAGCGUCUGGAGGAAGCCGUACUGACUCUUCAGGAGAGUGAGCGGCAGCGUGCAGGAGAGCUGAGGAGGCUACACGAGGAACACGAGGCUGCCGUCACCAAGAUACACAGAGCCAACAAGUCUGAAGCAGCAAGACUGUUGGAUGAGCUUCGAGCUAAGGAGCGCACUAUUGGUCAGUUGGAGCGCCAGGUGAGCGCUCAGUCUGCUAAACUCCGUCAGCAGGAAGAAAAGAGGGAGAGCAUCAGUGAGAGUGUCACUGAGGAUGGGAUCACCAGAAGACACAAGACUCGCGCCGGAGGGUCUGGGGCGACGAGCAAGAGGCAGAAGGAAGGUGUCACCAGCAAGGAUGUCCGCCCCCGCGAGAAGGAGCCAUGUGUCAGCCAGAACAGCAGCAACACCUGCAGCCAGCAGCAGCAGCAGCAACACAACCUGCCCAGUCAGUCAGGCAGGGGACGACAAGGAAGUAUAGUAGGAGAGAUGCAGAUCUCAAUCCCUCACCUAGACGACGACAUGCACACCCUGCCAUCCCCUGCCAUGGCAGAAGAGGUGGAACAACUGCGACUCCAAGUCGAACAGCAGAAGAUCCAGAUAGAGGAGCAAAUCCAGCAGUUGGGACAGAAGGAGCAGGAAUGGGAGGAGGAGAGACAGAGAAUGGUGAAUCAACUGGAGCAGCAGCAGCGGAAGUUCGAGGACGAGAGAACGAAUCUGGAGCAACAGCUGGAGGAAAGCUUACUGAAGAUGGAGGAGCAGGGUCAAGUGAUGGAGGCGCAGAAGCAGGUCAUGGAGGAACAGAAACAAGUGAUAGAGGAGCAACAGCUGAGAAUCAUCGACCUAAGCGAGGAAGUCAUGGAGCGGGAGUGUCUGCUGCAGGAUCGUGAAAAUCUGCUGCAGGAGAGAGAGUGUCUGGCGCGGCCAACAUCGUGGUCGCUGCGUAGAGAGUCUUGUGUCAAGGUAUCUGAGCUGCCAACAGUGAUGGAACAGAACAGCGACGAAGAGAGCACGCCCACGUCAACGCCUGCAUCCACGCCCACUACACCACAGAACAACUCUCCUGGUCAGUUUUCAGAGUUCACCCCGGAGGCUGCAACUUAUCCCACCACCUUCCCCACGCCCACCACACCCCACAUCCAGAUGCCAGCCAUCACGCUGGAUGAUGCCACCACGCCCACGACCAUCCUUUCGCCCACCACAUCCGAGAGUCACGCCCAGCUGUCAUCCAUCACGCUGGAAGAUGCUACAAUGUCCACAGCCUUCCUUACGCCCACUACACCAGGCACAGAGCCUCCCGUUUGGCCACAGAUUAAUGAAAUCAGCGACAAGUAUGUGCAGUUAUCCAAGGAUCACCAAGAGUUGCAGAAGUCUUACCAGCUACUGGCGUCCACUUCAGCGUCCAGUUCACCAGUACUGGACUUCCCAGGCAAAGAUGGGCCGGCAACGUGGUGGCUGUCAGCGAGGGUGCUAGAACUGGAGGCCCAGGCAGCCACACUGAAGAUGGAGCUGCAGGAGACCAAGGAUCACGCAGACCUUCUCGAAUUCCGCUGUCUCGAGCUCACCGAGGGCUCCGACAAGGUUGGAGUCACAAAUGGAGGCAGCGCGAGAAAUGGAAAACUUACUUAGUGCCUCCUUAUCCCAGGAGCAGGAGAUCUCCAGGGAACUCCAUCGACGUGUCAGAGACUUGCAGAAACUUGAAAAGGAACACCGUGGUCGUCUUGAGAAAUUAGAAUCUGCAAGUCGUAGAGCUGAAGAAAAGGCAUCUGCUCUUUCCAAGGCCAAAGAUGAUUUGGCAAUGCAACUUAACUUUGCAGCAUAUGGUUUAAUCAUAGCUGAUUAUUGGAGACAAAUGGUACCACAGUCAGCUGCUGCUCUUGUCCCAUAUAAUGGCAAGAUGGUGAAAGUGUUUCCAGGAAAAUGCCCCACAAAAGCCCUCACAGUAGGGACUCUCGAUAAGGUGGAAAAUUGCACUCUGAAGAGCAGUAACAGUGUGUCUGUGUACCCCCGUGAUGUGUGUGAUGCUUGCAUACAAACAUCUUUCAAAUUCUUAACAGCAAAUGCAGGUGUGCAAAAUUGCUUGGAGUUCAGAAAUGAGUUCAUACCUAACGAUAAUUCUUCCCAUGAGCAUGGUCAGCGGCGAGCUGCAGAAAAGGAUGAAGAUGAGCCUGUUAAUAAACGACCAAGAAACAUAUCUACUAAGAGCCAGGCCACAAUGACUCUAAAGACAGAGUCAGUCACUGAACGAGAACAGUUCUACCUAGAGCAGAUCGAGUUUUUGCAAAGGGAGAAAAUCAUUCUUAGGAAGGGCCAAGAUAAUGAGAGAAGAGAUUCUUUACAGCAACAUCAUGACUUGGAAGGAGAAAUCAAUGAAAUAAGAUACCAGCUUGAAGAAGCUACACGUGACAAAUGUACUCUACUGUUUCGCUUAGAGGAAGUCCAGGAUGAAAAAGAAGAUAUCAAACGUAACUUACUUGUAAGAAUAGAAGAAUUGAAAGGGGACAUGUCUCGUUACAACGAUCUACACGAGUUGGAAAAGAAUACUCUACGUAAGGAACACGAAGCUCAGCUGCAAGAACUGGAAAAGGAGCGCAACCAACAGGAGGAAAGAGUUAGACACUUGGAACUGCAACUUGCAACUUUCAGGCAGGAACUGGAGAUAGUUGGGAUUUCCAUUGCAAACGAUCUUGUGCAAAUGGAUUCUCAUGGGGAGAGUGUUCAUUCGUGUGGAAGGAAGUCACCCUUGAAGUGUAGUGAAGGUGACAGUGACGUACUGAAGAAGAUCAGGGAAUUAGUUAAAUCAGAAACUGACCUCAGACAAAAAAUUUAUGAUCUUGAGAAAAAGGAGUGUGCAUAUCGCGAGACAAUUCGUGAAGCUGACAAGAUCAUGUCUAGCCAUGUAACAUCAUACAAGCAGCGUAUAGAGGAACUGGAGGCAGCAGCAGAUCAACAGACUCUGAAAGUUCAGCAAUUAGAAGCUUCAGAAGAACGGUUAAGAUCCACUUUAAGAAAUAAUUCAAGAACUAGUGAGGGCGCUCGCAUUUCCGACCUUCUGGACCGCCUCAUUGAAAUUGAAAAUUCAGAACUAAAACUGAAAGAACGGGUGUGGAACCUUGAGAGAAGUGAAAAGGAACUCCAGAUAAAAUUAAUGGAAGCUGAGAAAGGUAACCAGGCACUGCGUGCAGAGCUGCGUGACCAGGAGGAAAUUGUACAUCGUCUAAUGUCCUUAGAAACUGAAAAUAAUGCUUUAUCCGUAGAACUAAACCAAGCCCAGGACUCUGCCCGCAAGGUGUCAGAGAUACAGCAAAAUGAAAGCUAUUUACGUGCUCGUGUGGAGGAACUCGAAGUCACAGAAAACUCAUUACGGGAAACCCUUCAGCAGGCUGAUGUUAUUUUGGCUCAGAGAGAGAGAAAGCUCAGAGACCAGGUUGAAUCCCUCCAAGAGGAAGUACAGUCAUACAAAGACCAGCUAGAAGCCGCAGCCUCAAAGGAAUAUGGAGCGAAGGAGUCUGAAGUGUCAUACAAGAAACAGUUGGAACAGUUGCGUGCCCGCCUGGCUGACACAGAGCGUGAGUUGAAAGAGUCAUCCUCUGAGACAAUCAACCAUGAAACACAACAUCGUUCAGAGGUAACAAAACUUCGUAAUCAGUUGAAGCUUUGUAACUCUCAGCUGAUGGAACUUGAUCGAUUAAAUUGUGAAUUGCGUGAUCGAAUAAUGGCAGCAGAAGCUGAAGGACAGCGUUUAGCCAAAAAGCUAGAAGAAAGUAGCAGACGCCAUGAACAAGACUUACUCACUCUCAACCUUCAGCUAUCAUCUCGGGAUUCCCGUGUGGAAGAGCUUGAGCAGCAGCUGGAGCAGCUGAGCCAUGCACACGCUGCUAGUGAGCUGGAUGUCUUGGCUGCCUCACCAAUCACGGCACUUCAUUCCUCCAUCACAGCUCUAACUGUAGCUCUUAAGAAUUGUGAAACGUGUAAUGCAAGUCAGAGUGGAACCCUAACAGAGGUAACACAUCAGCUGGGUGCACUGGUUGAGCUUGUGGAGGGUCAGCCAAACUCUCCAGUCUUGGAGGAGAUUACUUCUGAUGUUGAUGAGGAAUAUGUAUCAGAAUCGUAUGACGCAGACACAGCAGAAAACUUGGCCAACGAAGCCACUACGACCCCCCCUCCUAACCCCGCCGAGGAGGGGCUAAGGGAACAAUUGAGCGGGGAUGCUGUCAAUUGCUUCACUGGAGGGAAAUUCCAAAGGGAUGCCCGCCGGAGAAGUAGAAGGCGACUGGAGGAGCACAGCAGAAGGCUAGUGCAUCCUCAGGGCUCUUCCACAAUUUUGGAGGAGCUGGAGGAGAAAGUACGCGAGCUGGAGGAGGCUGUUAGCCGCAAAGAGGAGGAACUCCGCCUGGCUGACACCGAGGCGUGUGAGCUCAACAGUCAGUUACAGUCUCGUGAUGUAGCCCUCGCUCAAAAAGGUGAAGAGGUGGAGCAUCUGAAUGCCAUCUUGGCCAGCCUUCGGCAACAGCUGGUACACACUAUGGAGGAUGCCGAGCGUACACGGCUCUCCUUGCAGGCCAAACACAAGGUUGACCUGGAGGAGUUAACAAGACGAGUGGAGCGGCUGACGGAAAAAGCUGAACACUUGGCUUGCCGGGGCCAACUUAAGGACUCUAUUAUCUCCACACUUGCCUCACAGAUACGUGCAAUCCUCAGAUCGGGCAACAUGGGCGUAGUAAUCAAUCAGCUGCGCCGGCUAGGUGAGGUUGGCCAGAGUGACCAGUCAGCAGGUAACAGCACUACAGAUCAAAAUCUGCCUACUGCUACCCCACUGCCUGCUGUGCCAGACUUUGAUGUUAACACUGUCUGCUCAUUCCUCAACCAACCGAAUGAGAUGGCUUCCAUGUCUCAAUCUGCUAUCUUGAAUGGGAUGAAGCCAUCUAGUCCCGUGACCCACAAGUCUGACCUCUCACUAGCUCCUUCUCAUAAUGGGUUGGGGUCUUCUAGUCACGUGACCUUCCAAGGCUCUCCUUCACUGGCUCAGAGAAGAAAGUCCCGCAUACCACGAUAUUUGCCCUCUUCUGUGCACAGUGUAAAGCCUGCACCUAAACCCAUGCCCGAGGUCAAACCUGUGCCAGCGCACGUACAAACUUUAAAACUGCCAGUUGUUUGUGUGCAAGUGGCCAAGCCAGUGCCACAAACUGAGCCACUGGGAAAGACCAUAUCAAAAUCUGAAUUAUUAGUAGAGCCUGUAUCAGUGCCAUGGCAAACAGCUAAGUCUGCACCGGUGCCUUUUCAGGAAGUAAAAUCCACUCCACUAAAUGCUACAUGUGCAAUCAAGCCCGUGGCGACCUCUACUCCAGCAAAACCCAUGGGCAGAAAGGACUCGACCAGAAGAGACCGACCAGCAAGAUUCCUCUCGGAUGCUCGCAAGAUCAAGCGCAU